AUGAAGCAAAAGAUAGUUAUCAAGGUGCAAAUGCACUGUGACAAAUGCAGAACCAAGGCCAUGAAGAUUGCUGCAGUUGCAAAUGGUGUGAGCUCGGUGGCCAUAGGAGGGAAAGACAAAGAUCAGGUUGUGGUGACUGGAGAAGGAAUUGAUUCAGCAAAACUGACCUGUUUACUCGGGAAAAAGCUUGGGUAUGCAGCCAUAACCAGUGUGGGAGAGGACAAAGGAAAAGAUGGAGAUAAGCAUAAAAAACCAGAAAUCUACCAAUGCAGUUCAUUUAGUUGUUGUCAAUGUCCAAAUUAUUGUACCUUACACUAUGGAGUGGUUUAUGACCCAAACCCAACCAUCUGUUCCAUCAUGUGA